AUGUUCGACACGUCGGCGGUACCGAUUUUCACGGGACAAAACUACUCCGCGUGGAAGUUUAAGUUCCAACUGCUCAUGAUGGAGCGGGGACUUUGGGGUUUCUUCGAUGGAACGGAGAAGAAGCCGAACGAUGAGAGCGGCAUCGCGGCAUGGAAGAAGAAGGACCAAAAGGCGUUUGCUACGUUAAUUUCGCGCAUCGGCAUCAAUCUCGUGAGCGCGGUGCACAUGUGCAUCAAGCUCGAAGCGUCGGCGCAUGAAGCGUGGAAGCGGCUCGAAACCAUCCACGUGAACAAGACUCUCCACGGCAAGAUCCUAGCCCGGAAUGCGUUCUACACGGUGAAGAUGCGCGCGGGCGAAUCGAUGCACGAGUAUGCGACUCGUGUGGAGGAACUUGGGGAAACGUUCAUGGACCUCGGUGGAACGUUGCAACCGAAGGCUCGUGCGGCGAUCUACUUGGGACUUGCGGCGAACGAGCGUGCGUGGCGAGUGUGGGACUUGGGCGACAAGCGCGUCGUCACGUCUCGAGAUGUGGUCUUCGACGAAGACAAGUUCCCGAUGAAGGAACAACCAACGCCGCAACUCACCGUCGUCCUUCCCGCACGAGAGGAGGAUGAAGCGGUGGAGGUUACAUCACAAGUGGAAAAAGAAGCCGAAAAUGGAGGGGGAGAGAACGAGGAGAGCGACGACGACGUGGUGGAGGUGCCACCAACCGAGGCGGCAACUUCCUCUACACCUUCCUCCCUCCCAUUGGCGUUGACCCGCGAGCAACGUACACGUCGCCCCAACACGAAGCACAACGACUACGCUAUGGUAGCCGUUGGGGAGUUGGACGAGGAGCGUGCGGCAUAUUGCUUCGCAACCUUGGGUGAUGACCCUCGCACCCAUAUUGAGGCUUUGGCUUCUCCGGAUGCGCCCCUAUGGAAUCAAGCGAUGGAGAAGGAGCUAGCAUCGAUCAAGGAGAACGAUGUGUUCGAACUCGUCGACCCGCCGAAGGGUGCCUACUUGAUGGGGUGCAAAUGGUUGAACUACCGACCCAUCACGCUUUUGAACUUCACGUACAAGGUGUUGGCAAAAGUCAUGGCUGGCCGAAUGAAGCGGGUGCUUCACCAAGUGAUCUCACCAGAGCAGUACGGGUUCAUCCCGGGGAGACGGCUGUCGGACGCAGUGGCGAUGGUAGCGGAUGUCAUUGACAUGGGGAAAAAUGACAAUGAAGACUGGUACAUGCUGCUGGUUGACUUUCAAAAAUCCUUUGACUCAGUGUCUCGUGACUUCCUGUUUGAAGUGCUUCGGAAUAUGGGUUUUCCAGAGCGCUUCGUCAAGUGGAUUGAGGGGCUGCAUGAGAACACCACGACGAAGCUGUUAAUAAAUGGGUGGCUCGGUGAAGGCGUGAACGUGGUUUCGGGGGUCCGGCAAGGCUGCCUGCUGGCUCCUUACCUGUUCCUGUGUGCGGUGGAGCCGUUAGCUAAAGAGGUGGAGAGGGAGAGCCUCGGUCUCACGCGGUCGCAGGCGAGAGUGGUCUGCGCCAUCAAGUUUCCGGGUUUUGGCUUCACUGCCAAGAAUGAGAGCGAAGACAACGAAUCUUACGCCGGAGCCGACUCCGCCACGACUGUGUUCCCCGCGGAGGCGUGCGACGAGCUCGGAGGCGAGUUCUGCAAUGCCGAGGGCGUGUUCGCUGAGGUGAAGCUGGAGUCGAAACCCGAGCCCGUGGUCAAGCAGGUCGAAGGGAGGGAUGUCGGCGUGGUCGACUACGACGGCCCUAAGACCGUUUUCCCCGGCGAGGCAUGCGACGAGCUAGGAGGAGAGUUUUGCGAGCCUGAUUACCAGGAGGGCGUUGGUCCCGAGAAGAAGCUCUGA